AUGCCUUCUAUUUUUACCCUCUUUUCAUCGCUGCCGACCGAGAUCCGCCUGAACAUAUGGCACCUUUCUGUCUUGGACGAUCGAGUUAUCUAUGUCUCAUGUGAUCGACACGUCCAUCCGAAUUCCGGGAAACGCUACGUGCACUGCUUUCGCGCCAGCCUAAUCAACCCAGCCCAAUUGCAGGUCAACCAUGAAGCCCGAAACGUUGCCAAGCGCCUGUACUUACCGUUGUUUCGAACUGAAUACGCGCCGCAUCGGUGCAUAUACUUAUCCCCAGAGUACGACAUAGUGCGCCUGGACGAAAGUCUACUCGCAUAUUUAGAUGAAACGGAGCAGGCGACCCUUUGCUGGCUCAGCAUCGAUGUCAGAGAUUAUAAGAGCUUUUGCUCGUAUACUAUGAGGAGCCUUUGCGGUAUGAAACAGUUAAAGGAAGUUGUUUUCGUCAUAUUUCCUUUGAUGUCCUGCCAGCCACAUCGACUGUCUAACCAGCUGGAGAUAGAACAUGGUGACAUUGUUAUCAUGCUCAAGGAUGCAUUGAUGGAAUAUGCGCGGGAUAGUGGAGGCUGGACUGUCCCUCGUGUUAAGGUGGAAUCUUAUGAAGGAAAGAUCCUAGGAGUUAUCACCAUAAAUACAGAGGAUGUAAAAUAG